AUGUCUGAAUCCAUUGAUACCUUCGACUUUACCGAGAUAUAUGAAGCUCGCGGACUCACUUCUUCCAACGCGAAGUCCCGCCUCACCACACAAUUCCCCGAGACUUCCUCUUACUCUCCUUCACAUUUGAACAACGAAGCUGACAGUGAAAGCGAAAAUGACAUCAAGGAUAUGAAACAGGACGACAAUGUCAGCGACAACGCUCUCUACAACAACGACAAGAACAUCGACGACGACGAUGACGACACAUCAGCUGGCUCUGGCUCAUAUAUGAAUCAAUCUGAUCAAGACAAUGAACCUGAAGUUGGACAUGAAGAAAUGGAAGACUUUGAAGAUCCGGAGGAAUUAGAAAGGGCACUAGACACACCAUCAUCCUUCAUCUCGGAAACUUCCUUUGAGAGGGAGGAUGACAGCAGUCAUGAAUCUGCUGUUACAGGUGUCUACCGACGAUCCGACUAUGAUAGCUACAAGUACAAUAGCAAUGAUUUCAACAGUAGCAGCAGACCCCCGCCCCUUGAUAACCUAAUCCAUCACCAUCUUGAUUCUCUUCGGGAAAAAUUUGGCAAUUACUUCGAAUACACCAAACUAGCACCGGACCGAGACUAUAGAGAAAGUCGCCAAGCAUAUCUCAUAACAUGUCGACGGAGUGGGGACAGUGUCAUCACUAACAAGUCUGCAGAGGUUGUCUACCUCUCCUCGGAGGAAAAAGAUAGUGAGGGGGAAGAGGAGAACAGGAGGUGGUAUGAAUCUUCCUGA